GAGCGACUCAAGUCCAGCAACAUCUACUCCGAGGAGGGCCGACUCACCGUCGGGCCCUUCUCCCAGGACGAGGUCUCCCUCUUGCAGGGCUCGGUGGGGCCUCGGGACCUCGCCCCAGAUCACGUUCGACAAGUUUUGAUGGAGCUCGAGAGGUUCCUGGGGCGCCACUCCGACGAGCUCACGGACGAGCCCCAUAUCGAGCCGCGCUGGGGCCCCCUCCUGAACCCGAGGAUCCGCGCCAGCCACCCGCGCUUGCUCGCGCCGCUGCGGCGCCUGGCCGACGCGGGGAUCGCGGCGGCCACCCGCCGGAGGAAGGCUGCCUCCCCAGACCAGCACGGCAUGGUGCAGGUCGGGAUAGACUGGCGCCGGCGCUACUCGGCGAGCUCGGACGACGCCGCCCUGCACGCAGCCACGGUCGACUUGAAGGACGGCGUCUACCAGCUCAAGAUCCCGCACCUGUCCGAGUGGUUCGCGUUCGACAUGCCGGGCGUCCGCGCGAAGGAACUUGGCGCGCAGCAGGUUUACGACGGCGGCGCGGGGUCCUACGCGUGGCUGGCCUGCGGCGGGCUGGCGACGGGCUGGCCCUGGGCUCUCUGGAUCCGCCGCGAGACGCUGGCACGUGCGAUGGGGUCUUCCGCGGGCCCCCGCGACGCCGUCGUGCUGGACAAGGCGCCAGCGGCGCGUCUGGAGCAGGGCGCGGUUGGCGACCUCCCGCACGUCGACAACGCCAACAUCAUCGGGGUCGAGCGCGACCUCGUGCAGGCCUGGCUCGAGCGCAUGAUGGCGGCCCUCGACCUGUUGGGGCUGAAAUGGCACGGGAGGCGGGCGCUGGCGUCGAGGCCGCAGGUUGGCCAAAGACGCGCUUUCCUGGGCCACCUGGUGUCCUUUUUCCAGCUGCUGAGGCCGGGGCUCGCCGUCUUCCGCAUCCUGUGCGACUUCGCCCAGCAGGGCCUUGGAGAGAUCCGCGAGCUGCCGGCGGCCGCGCAGCGCGAGCUGAAGGUGGCCAGGUCGCUCCUUUUCAUGGCCGUGGGUCGCUGGGGGCUGCCGCCCUGCCCCGUCGCGUUCAUGACGGACGCCCCCGCGAAGGGCUACGCGCUCCCGGGGGCCGACGCGACGCCCGACGAAGUCCACGAUCUCUGCCGAUUCCGAGAAAGAGCUCGCUUCAGCAGGCGCGACAGGUUCGCGGAGCGGGAGCGCGACGGCUUCAAGGGCUCCAUGGCGCCGCGGGGCCCCGUGCCGGAGCGCUGCCGGGUCGAGGUCGACCUGGGGUGGCGGCCGCCGCCCCUGCCCGACGACUUCGCGGACCCGAAGCGCUGGGAGUUGGUCGUGGCGGGAGCAUGGCGGGAUGCGAGCCGCAUGCGCGACUUCGAGGCGCGCUGUGAAUUGAUGGGCCCGGCGCGAGCGGCCAGCUACCCCCCGUGCCACAACGCGGAGCUGCUCUCCGCGGGGGGCAGCAUGGGCCCCGCCCUGUCCUUCGAGAAGGGCCGCGCGGCGAACGGGGAGCUCCUCGCACAGUGCCGACGGGCGGCCGCGCUGCAGCUGGCCGCAGGCACCGUGCGGCGGCAGCGCCACGUCGAGGGGGCGCGGAACGCGGCGGAUUACAUGAGCUGGGCUGCGGACCGAGGGGUGCUUCGACCUGGCCAGGUUUGGCGCGGGCCGCGAGGUCAAGUGGGUCAGAGGUCUCGUUGGGGCCGACGCUUCUUCUUGGAGAUCUUCCCGGGCGAGGGGUGCUUGACUGGGGCCAUCCUGGAGGCGGGGCUGGGCGCGGGGCCCCCCGUGGACCUCGAGAAGGGCCCGCACUUCGAUAUCGCGGACCCGAUGGUCCAGAAGGUCGUCAUCGGGUGGAUCCGCUCUGGCGUUGUUUGGCUCAUGCACCUUGCGACCCCUUGUGCUCGGUGGUCGAUUGCGCGCUCCUCCGGCGCCGCCGAUCCAGUCGUGGGCCUUGUGGCGGCGCGAUUCACGGCGCGCCUGAUCCAGGAGUGCCGGCGAGCGGGUGUCAACUUCACUCUCGAGAACCCCCGGCGGUCGCGUCUCUGGACCUGGAGACCUCUGGCGAGAGCGCUCAGGUCGGCGGCGUCGACGCUCGUCGACUUGUGUCAGCGCCGCUUCGGGGCGCCGUUCCAGAAGCCGACGAGAAUACUGUUGCGCCCCGCCCGCUGUUCGCCGCGCUGGGCCGAGAGCGCAGGCGCCAGUGACACUGCGAGGUGCUGCAGGGCACCGGCUGCCGCGGCACGGCUGCCGGAGGCGCUGGGGCUGGGGGCUUGGGCGGGCGGCCGCGCCAGUCGGGCGCGGACUGAGCCGCGGGAGCAGGCGCCUGGCCUCCUGCGACGGGCUACAGUGCGCCAGGCGACGGCGGCGCCCUACUCGGAUUGCGUGGAGGAGCCCAACGACUACAUCGCUCGCAGCGGCGGUGGCCUCGCCGACCCGCACGCGGCGGGCGCCACCCUGGAGCGCCACUUCGAGGCGCUUUUCCUGGGCGGCGAGAGGCCAAGGCCAACGCUCGCUGGUGCCUCUACGGGCUGGCCUGGCAGCGCGGCUGGGCGACCAAGGGCGGCGCUUCCCCGAAGGCCAAGCAGGCCCCCAAAGGCUGGGGCCGCCUGGGGUCCGCCUGGCAGCCGGGGGCCUGCGGUCCGGGGGGCGGUGCUGGCAGCGGCGGACGACCUCAUCGGCCGCGAGCUCCCGUCGACGCUGGCGGGGGCGCUGCUGCCUGUGGCUUUCGACGGCUACCUCCGGCCGCCCGCGGCGCUGGGCCUGCGAGGCGCCGACAUCCUGCGGCCGCAGCGCUCGACCCCCCAAAGGCUGCGGGCGGCGACGGUAGCGCCGGCGACGCAGCCGAUCCCGUCGAAUACCAGCGCGCUUGAUGACACCGUUUUCCUGGGCAGCGCCGCCAAGGGUCAUGGUUUCGUUGGCGGCGUCCUGGAUGUCCUGCUGGCGCGCGCGGGCAAGGGGCAGCUGUUCGGCGGGCUCACGCUGGCGCAGCUUGAGGCGAUCGUGAACGCGGCAUGCCGCCUCUUGCAGCUGGCCGUGGCCUUCACGCCGCGCUGCCUUCGCCAUGGCGGCGCUAGCCGUGACGCGCUGGGGAAGUUCGAGGAUGCGCUCGCGAUCCCGCGCAGGGGCCGCUGGAAGGCUCGCGAGAGCGUGCGCCGGUACGAGAAGGCCAGCACUUUGCUCC